GGAGGUCCACCACCCGGAAAUAGAAAAAAACAGAGCGGAUGACGCCUGACUGGACCGUAUGUCAUUGAGCAGCACAUGAGUAACGUUACAUGGUCUCACUGAGGUGCCUUCGACGCGUCACAAGCGGAAGGAAGGGAAAAAACGGUAAAAAGCUCGACUCCAUCACCGUGUUAUGUUUGACCGGAUCACGGUGCCACCUUUGCCCGCGGAGACGUAGCCGAGCAGCAGAGCCGGACCCCGCCGUCCACCUUCGCCACUUCCCCGCUAUGGACGUGCUCCUUUGGAUGCCCCCGCUGCUGCUGGUGCCGCUUCUGUUGUGGACCAGCAGCACAUUCGUCUUCUAUUUCAAAAAGUGCUUUUACGUGGCCUGGAUGAUGGUACUGGCCCUGGCCGCCAUCCCGCUGUGCAUACUGAAGAGCGGGGGCAGGGACGUGGAGAACAUGAGGAUCAUCCGCGUCCUCGUUCGUCAUGUCAAGUAUUUCCUCGGCCUCCGGUUCGAAGUCAGCGGCUGGGAGCACCUGCAGACCGAGGGCCCCUACGUUAUCAUCUCCAACCACCAGAGCUCCCUCGACGUUUUGGGCCUGAUGGAGAUCUUGCCCGACCGCUGCACCAUGAUCGCCAAGAAGGAGCUGAUCUAUGCCGGCACGGUGGGCCUCAUCUGCUGGCUCGGCGGCAUCGUCUUCAUCAACCGCAAGAAGACCAGCGACGCCAAGAGUGUCAUGGCUGAGGCCGCGCAGACCAUGCUAGACGAUCAGAUCCGUCUGUGGGUGUUCCCAGAGGGAACGCGGAACCAGAGAGGCGACUUGCUGCCGUUCAAAAAAGGCGCCUUCCACUUGGCCGUGCAAGCGCAAGCGCCCAUCAUUCCCGUGGUCUUCUCCUCCUACAGCAACUUCUACCUACGGAAAGAAAAACAGUUCAAAUCGGGGACCAUCAGAUUGAAGAUCCUGCCAAAGAUCGAUACAAAAGGGAUGACGUCCGAGGACGUGUCGUCCCUCGCCGACAAGUCCUUUGACGUGAUGCGCUCGGCCUUCCUGGACAUCUCCAAAACCUACAGCAACGGCCCUGUGAGGCACUGAGCAGCCACCAUACUCUCACCGCCAAGACGCUGCCACUUCUGUCUCCAGCGAUUUUCUUUUCCAGUCGACCCCUCCCAACCACCACCAACGGGCUGUCCCCAUACCUGACCAAGGACACCACGUGAUUGCGGCGGUUUUGUCUCGUUGACCCCUCCCUUCGAGCGCAGUCCUGACCCUCGCCAUGUUGGCGAGCGGAGUGACGGACAGUGCGCCCCAACAAUCUUGAUGUCUGUCGGUUUUCUUCUGUGCAUGCAUUCUUUCUCACACUGCUUCAUCUUUGCUUUGGACGCUAAUUUUUUGUUGCCAUUUUUCUAAGCCCUCAUUCUGCCUUUUUUCUUUUGUAUUCCUCUGAUGUUGCCUUUGUUGGGGUUAUCGUCGGACGCAGCCCACCUCCUUCCUUCCUUCCUCUCUGCAUUCCACCCUAAAAACAAAAGCAGGCGGGGUUUUCACAAGUGGUGGAGGUCAGAGUCCAACGCGUCGUAGAGUUCCUUCCCGAUGAGCUCAUCUCGAUAUCCAUUUUGCUUCUUCAGCCCUCGAAAGUCAAGGUGGCGCCGUUUUAUUUAAGGGACUGACCCGCCAUCUUGUGCUUCAGUGGCUGACGUCAUGCCUCCGCUUGCCUGCUACCGGGUAGAACGCAGCGGUCAGUGAGUGUCGUCUUGUCACAUCACUUCUCUUUUAGACUCCUUUUAAAGCGCUCAUUAGGAUCGCUAGUGACCAGGAAGUGGAGAGGGACAGAAAUGGGGCACCAAAAUGUCAGGUGAACGACCUCAGACAUGUUUUGUUGGUAGGCAAUGUGGACAUUUAUUAUUAUUGUUAUUAUUAUUCCCAUUCUAAAAUUACAUAAGGUGUUUUAAGUUGCCAUUUAACCCCAUAGGAUAGAUUAUAUUUGAUUAUUUAAGAGGAAUUUUGGCCUUAAGUUUGAUUUGAGCUUCUGUAUCCCAUUUCAUUUCGGGGGGGGGGAUUCGAGAGUAUUGCAGCAUCGGGAGGUAGUACGAGAGCAGUAACGGGUGGGACGGCCUCUGUGAGAAAGGGAAUGCCAGCAAGUUUGGACGAGAAGUGUGAAAAGCAUCCCUACUCCUUGCCUGUCUUGUUGAAAGCAGAUGACCUUGUCUGACAAUAUUUUAUACGUCACAUCAGACGCUGGCACGGAAUGUCGUCCCAAUUAUCCUGUCACAAGAUGCCAUGUCGCCGCAUGAAAGCCCUGGCUUCUGUGUAAAAAGCACUUGGUCUUAGGGCAGGUUUUGCCGGCUUUUGUUUACCCACGCCAGCACCUGCUUCCCGUUUUUUUGAGAAUGUAAUUUGAGCAUUUGGGAUAAAGUACGUGCGCGACUAACCACAUGUAAUGUCCCCCCCCGAUUGGUGCUUUUAAGGAAAAGUGCAAUUUUUAGGGGGAGGAUAUUGCCUGUCUACAACCUUAUGAGAGACAUAAACACACGUCUUUCUCUUUUUUGUGCAUUCUAAAGACAUAAAAAUAGCUAAAAAGAGGUAGCUAAAUAAUGCACCGAAUGGGACACACCUAUUCCACCUCGAAAGCCUGCUAUUAAAACACCUCUGACAAGGUUGAAUCCUUUUUUAUUCAUGCCGUGAGCAUGUAGUGGUGGGUACAUUCAUGAUAACAUGGACUACUUAACAGUAUACUUCCUUUAUAAAAAGGAAGUAUGGCGAGGUGUCACUACGCUACUAAUGUAGUUCUUCUAGGCGGAAUAGGUGCAUCCCUCUGUCUCCUUCUACCUGUUUUUUAUUCACCUUUAGAAGGCACAGAAAAGAGAAAGACGUGUGUGUUUGUGUCUCACAUUAGGAUUGUGGAUGAUGGGCAAUGUUUUUCUUUCACUUUUCCUUUAAAGUGUGUUUUUUUUAUCUCGCACGCAGUUGUUGUCCGAGCUUGGAUGGCUUUUGAUGAAAUGUUCAUGACUGAUUGUGAGGAGGUUUGACGAGUGGCGCUGGCUCGUACUCGCUUCAUAGGUGACCUGCUCGCGCCUCAGCUUUACACACACAUACACACACACACACCGCAGUAAGGACAGUUUGAAUAUUUACCCCUAAUAUUACUAACUUCUUUUUGCUCCUUGUCUUGCAUUCAAAAUACAGUAUAAUUUUUUUUCUUUUAGCAAGUUGCUUGAAUGUUGAACCAAAUUGGUUUCCUCCAACAAAAAAAACAAAGGCUUUAAAAAAAAAAAAAUCAUAUGUUCAGUUUGUGUCUUAUCAUUUGUGACGUGUCAAUUAGUGAGUUUAAUGGACGGCACAAGUGCGAUGCAAUCAUGUAUGCAUUCUUUCAUAGAGAUGUUCAAAUUUACAUUGUGAUCAUUUUUUGUGAUUCGUUGGGGAUGAGGUGGGGGGGCUUCCAAAAAAAGUAAUCAAAACAACAAUUGGGUUACUCUGAGAAAAAAAGGAAGUGAAUAUAGCACUUUUCAUGUUGAAUUUUGGCAGGAAACAAAAACAAACUGUCUUCAUGGUCACCAAAGCUAUUAAAGUGUAAUUGUUGGUAGCUUUAGUUGGAACAUAAAUAACAACCUACAGAGUGUGCGUGGGUGCGUGUCCCACAUUUCAAUAAUAAUCUGACAUACAUUGACGAUGUCGUGUUCCUGAUUUCACCUCCUGUGGGUAAAUGUGAAUGCCUUGCAAGUGCAACAGAUGAAAUAAAUGUAUUUCUUUUUUUCUUAAA